AUGGCGCCCGAGUGGAUGGUCGACGUCCCCGAGGACCUUCCGAGCUGCUGGUCGGUGGUGGCGCGGCCGGCGGGCGUGCGCUGCCUCGUCACCACCGGCGGCGGGGAGACGCGGAGGCACGCGAAGGGCUGCGCGCCGCGCCGCUUCCCGUCGGCGCUGCCGGGAGGGCGGCGGGCGGCGGGCGGCGCGGGCCACGUCCAGCUCGACUGCGUGUGGGCCGAGGCGGAGCAGACGUACUAUGUGAGAGGCUAUGUGCUCGACCUGCUGGCGUGGAAGGGGCUGCGGCUGGUCGACCACCCCUACGAGGAGCGCGUGUCGGACGCGAGCUGCUCGUCGCGCUUCUACGACUACGGCUCGGCGCAGAUGGCGCGCGAGCUCGCGGCGGCACCCGACAAGGCGGCACGGUGGAGGCCGGGCGAGACGGAGGCGGCGCUGCCCAUCGGCGCGCUGCUCGCGGCGUGCGAGGGUGCCAUGGAAGCAGACUCUGGGGCGGCGGCGGGGCGGUAG